CUCGAUCUUUUGAUCGAGAAAUCCUCAAAGGAUCGACAGUCAAAAAACUUUGGGCUUCCCCGGCCUAGACUCUGAACAUCAACCCACUUCCUAAAGAGCCUGUAGGCGAUGGAAGAAUAGAGGGUGUAGCGACGGCUACUAGAACACCGGAGUAUAGACAAACCACGUGUUCCACUUCCUUAUCCCGUCAGUCGAGUGGAGUCGUUCUACAGUCGUGAAUGUGGAGCGUUAAGUCUCGUACGGCUGUGGGUCUGUGUGUCAAUCUAGCAUAGACGUUGACCCAGUAGGUCAUAAUCUACAGACAACAUGUUGAUAUAAAGGUUUGAAAAGAAUAUAAUAAAAGGUUUAUAAAAUAUAAAGAGUGAGAUGCGCUGUAUCAUCGGAGAUGCCAAGAUAUACAUUUUACUAGUGUAUCUCGUGUACAUAAAUCAACGUUCGAAUGCGCAAUUAUUUAGCUUCCGACGAAGAGCAGAUACGGACACUUGUCAUCGGAACGGAGAAGUUCAUCAAUGUCAGUUUUUUCUGUUCUGUUUACUCAGCGGAGGUACUUCGGCCGGUAAUUGCAGAGGUAAUUUACUGUCCACGUGCUGCGUCAAACCGAAUUUACGAAGAUCUCGACCCUCCAACUUUAACCAGAGAACAUUAAGAAAGGAGACCAAUUCGGUAUGUGGACGAUCGGCCGUAAAGCCACGAAGUCGAAUUGUAGGGGGACAAGACGCUUUCUACGGAGAAUUUCCUUGGCAGGCACACAUCAAGAUUAUUCAACAGCAAUGUGGAGGAGUAUUAGUUAGUCCUUACUUUGUAGUAACGGCGGCUCAUUGUGUUUAUAGAGCCAGACUACCUCAAAUUACAGUGGUUCUCGGAGCCUACGACAUCCACGAUCACAGUUACCAACUUCAACCCGCUCACUACUUGAAAGUGGCCGAGAAAAGGUUACAUCCAAAGUUUAAAUUCUCGCCUUCUCAUCCCGAUAGAUAUGACGUAGCGUUACUGAGGCUCAACAGGAAGGUCAACUAUCAAGAAAAUAUUCUUCCCAUCUGUCUUCCACCUUACGGAUGGAAUUUCAGAGGAUGGAGAGCCGUCGUCACCGGAUGGGGUAAAACGGAUCCGGCACUCAGAAACCGUUACGGUACCAGAUUGCUCCAGAAAGUCGACGUACCCAUUAUUUCCAACCAGGAAUGCGAAUAUUGGCACCGUUCGAGAGGAAUACAACUUAAAAUAUAUCCGGAAAUGAUCUGCGCCGGCUACGAAAACGGGAAGAAAGACGCUUGCGUGGGUGAUUCGGGCGGACCACUAAUGGUGAACAUGAACGGAAAGUGGACUUUGGUGGGUAUCACUUCCGCGGGAUUCGGUUGCGCUCAAUGGAGACAACCCGGAAUAUAUCACAGUGUUUCGACCACCGUGGACUGGAUAAAUUCGAAAGUUGUGGAUGACGAUGUAAAUAUUUUUGUCCCGUCGAAUAUUUUCAGGAUGUCCUCGUGUGUCGUUUUAAUUCUAGUCAUCCUCCUGGACCUGGCAUUUGCGCAAAACGGCUGGUCGUGGUCGUCUCCGAAAAGAACCACCGUCACCUCUCCGCAAAAUCCCAAAUUAUUCGAUUAUCAGACGGCACAAAAUCUGCUGAACAUAGCACAGUAUUUUUUCACACUCCCUCGUAGCUGCACUUACCAAGGCAAUAAUUACCAAUGCGGCUCUUCACUUUCUUGCUGGAUUCAGGGUAAGAAACCGUUGGAUACUUGCAGUGGAGGGAUGUUCUGGAGUUGCUGCGUACCGAAUAAUGCGGAGCCCUCUCGAGUCGGUUUAGUGGAUGACCCUGAAUGUGGCAAAAUAUACGUAAGGAAUUCGAAAAUAGUCGGAGGAUCGAAUGCCAAAUUCGGACAACAACCGUGGCAGGUUGCGAUAGUAAAACAGUCACUGCUCAGUAGGAAGAUAGCGUGUGGAGGAGCUUUGAUACACAAAAAAUGGGUCGUAACUGCUGCUCAUUGCGUCUACAGAAGUCACACCUCAAACCUGAAAGUACGAUUAGGAGAGCACAAUAUCAGACAAACCAGCGAAUCGCUCCCCCACGAAGAGUAUCCGGUUCGAAGAAAAAUAGUCAAUCCCGGUUAUCAUCCGUCAACGUACAGGCACGACAUCGCCCUUCUCGAACUGAGCCAUCCAGUUGUUUACAGGAAACACAUAAUUCCAGCCUGUUUGCCAGAGAAAGGCGACGAUUUUGCGGGUCAGAAAGCUACGGUUACUGGAUGGGGAAGAAUUCAAUACGGUAACAGAAACGCACCCAGCGAACUACAGAAGGUAGAGGUAAACAUUUAUUCUUUAAAAGAAUGUCAAGAUAUGUAUAAGAAAGUAGGAAGAAGAGAGACUAUUUAUUCGACUAUGUUAUGCGCCGGAUAUAAAGAAGGCGGUAAAGACUCUUGUCAGGGUGAUUCCGGCGGUCCGUUAGUUACAAAGAAGGACAAUAGAGCGGUAUUAAUAGGUCUGGUUUCCUGGGGCGUCGGAUGCGCCAGAGCCAAUCUCCCAGGCAUUUAUACUAGAAUAUCCGAAUACGUCGACUGGAUCUACAGAUACAUACGUUGAAAAUUUACACGAUAUUCAUUCUCACGGGGCCAAAUUAAUACUAGCUUCUUUAGUUUUACUUUCGAUUCUCGUAAUUAGAAACCGAACGUAACACGUACGAUAAUCGUCCCGGGAAGAAAGAAGACGGCAAGAAGAUUUUAACCUCAAAUUUGAAUAGGCAGUAGACUAAUAUAAAAAAUAGUAAAAAUCUGGAGAAUUCCAGCGACGACGAAUCCAUUACCUUUCUGUCUAACCCACGAAACACUAACGUUUGACGCGUACGAAAACAAAACAUUCCUUUACCUAGAGUAAGAAUUGCGCGAAAAUUUGAUCGAAUCCAAUGAAAAAUUUUGAGAUGUUUCGAGUUACUCGCCGACGUUGUCGGGUAGAAGUAAAAUUAUCGUUUCCGCCAACUGUUUAUAUAAAAGGGCAUUCGAUUUGUGUAACCUGAAGUAUUUUGUAUAGUUCUUCAUUACUUGAGCGAUUUACGUGCCACAAUAUACAUUUACUACGCAUGGAGAUUUGUACUUUGUAAGAAAAAUGCACGGAGUGUAUUUAGGAAUAAAUCGAUUUUUAUCUUAUUCUAAGACAAGGCGAUAA